GCAGGAAGCAACGCAGAGGUUUUGGAUGUUGUCAAUGUUUACUAGUUGGGGUUUGGAAGUGUUCCUCCUUAAGAAACAGGAUAAGUGACUGUGAUGCACAAAGUCAUCUACAUGCUCACCUUCAUCUUUCACACACUGACUGCUGGCUGAGACUGAGACUGAGAGGAAGCCAGAAGAGAGUGCAGUACCUGUUUGUCUUACCACGGAAUAUCCCUGCACAAAUUGAAGUGUCAAGGCAGCUGUUUGUAAACUGGGCAUUUAUUCUAAACAGCUUCCAGAUGGUUUGGGUGUUCAUUAUGAACAGGAUGAGCUCUCAGAGCAGCUCGUCAGCUCAGAGGCGGCGUAUGGUUCUGGGGAUUUUUAUCCUGCUUCUUGUAGAUGUCAUUUGGGUUGCUUCGUCAGAGCUCACCUCGUACAUAUUCAAAGACAAAGAAUAUAACAAACCCUUCUUCAGCACAUUUGCAAAAACGUCCAUGUUUGUUCUUUACCUGCUUGGAUUUCUUGUGUGGAAGCCCUGGAGGCAGCAGUGUACAAGGGGCUUUCGGGGACGGCACGCAGCGUUCUUUGCUGAUGCGGAAGGGUACUUCACAGCAUGCACUACAGACAACGGUAUAAACAACUCCUUAAGCGAACCACUUUAUGUUCCUGUAAAGUUUCAAGAUUUGCCCACAGAAAAAGCUAAUGAUGUUAAUGGUGACUGUGAGGCACCAUCCAAAAAGCCCCGUGUGCGAUUUAGCAACAUCAUGGAGGUACGACAGCUGCCUUCUACACAUGCCUUAGAAGCCAAACUUUCUCGGAUGUCUUAUCCAGCAGCAAAAGAUCAUGAAUCAAUUCUGAAAACUGUGGGAAAAUUAACAGUGACACAAGUGGCAAAAAUCAGCUUUUUCUUUUGUUUUGUGUGGUUUCUAGCUAACUUCUCUUAUCAAGAAGCACUAUCUGAUACACAAGUAGCCAUUGUGAACAUUUUAUCUUCAACUUCUGGUCUGUUCACCCUGAUUCUAGCAGCCGUGUUUCCUAGCAACAGCAGUGACAGGUUUACGUUGUCCAAGCUUUUAGCAGUGAUUCUUAGCAUGGGGGGAGUUGCUCUUGUGAGUUUGUCAGGAUCUGAUAGCUCAGAUGGGAAAGACACAAUAGGUUCUCUUUGGUCACUGGUGGGCGCUGUACUGUAUGCUGUCUACAUUGUCAUGAUUAAAAGAAAGGUGGAUCGGGAGGACAAGCUUGAUAUACCAAUGUUCUUUGGGUUUGUUGGCCUGUUUAACCUCUUGCUGAUAUGGCCUGGCUUUUUCUUACUUCAUUACACUGGCUUUGAAGUUUUUGAAUUGCCAAGCAAGCUUGUGUGGAUGUACAUCAUCAUAAAUGGUCUUAUUGGAACAGUCCUUUCAGAGUUCCUGUGGCUUUGGGGUUGCUUUCUUACCUCAUCGCUGAUAGGUACACUUGCAUUGAGCCUUACAAUUCCUUUGUCCAUUAUUGCGGAUAUGUGCAUGCAGAAGGUGCAGUUCUCUUGGCUGUUCUUCGCAGGGGCCAUUCCUGUAUUUCUUUCCUUCUUUAUCGCCACUCUCUUAUGUCACUACAAUAACUGGGACCCAGUCAUGGUGGGGGUGAGAAGGGUUUUCGCUUUCAUCUGCCGGAAACACCGGAUUCAGAGAACUCCAGGAGACAGCGAGCAGUGCGAGAGCCUCAUUCCUAUGCAUGGUGUGGUUCAGGAUGAUGGAACCAGCUGCUGUUCAUAAGCAAGAGAUUGGAAAGGAAUAACAUGUGGCGAUGUGACAAUCCUGGAGAAGCCUGAAGGAGACUUGACGUUCCAGUGCCUCUUUUUAUAUGCUAUAGAUGACAUUCAGAUAAUUGAUCCCUUCAAGCUGAUAUGCUGUUCAUCCACACCUUUAAACUGGAUAUCAGAUUUCUUUUUGAUUAAUGGUACAUGGGCUUGAAAACAUGGAAGAAUAUACACUUUUGGACCAGUGAACCUGUUGUACUGAAUGUGGAGAUGAGAGGAUGGAGGGACCUCUUGAAACACAACACAUGUAAAGAACACUAAAGCCUGUUAAAAUGGUUGGCUUUUUUCAUUUUCAGUAGAUGCUGUAUAAUGAAUGGCAUGCUGCAAAGUAAGCCACAUGUAAAUAUGUGAUUUGGUACUACUUCCAAAUGUCAAGCUACAAUCUAAACACUAUUUAAUUAUAGUUUAUGAAUGUAGUAAAGGGUACCAUGUCAAAACAUGUACAUAAGAAUUCUAAUAUGAACAAAGAAAGUAUUAUAUUUUAUUGUGAAACUACAAAAAUAAAGUGAAAUGAAGAAUAGAAGAUCCUGAGAUUUUCAAGGUCAUCCCUUGAGAAUGUGCUGGUGUUAUAGCUGUACAUCACUACAUGUCACUUUGUGUAGGUAAACAAAAUUGGAACUACCUUUAUUUUUCAUUAAAAAUGAAAGUAGAGUGGUCUUAUAUAUUUUGAAAGAUAAAAAUCUGAUGUUUCAUGUAAGCUGUGAAUCCCACUUGUUGUCAUCAUCUUUUUCACCUUAAAGGUUAGGUGGAGUUGUAGUUAAUUUACAGUUUUAAGUGAUUUUAGUGCAUUUGAAAUAUCUUCUACCUCGGUAUAGUUUCUGUCUCACUCCAGACAUAAAAUAGAAAUUAACUUGUUUUGACUGUAACACAUCAUGGUCAUAAUGCAUUCAGCAUUCCCAACAGUUGCCUGGAGUUUGCAAUUUCUGGGAGGUAGUAAGAUUAUUUUGUGAUGGAUAAUCUUAUGUCUUUUUCUGUAUUGAGGAGAGUAUUGUAAAACAUUCACUUUCUAGCUGUUUAGUUUCUUACCGUUUGAAUGUUCGAAAGCACUGUAUUCUGUGUGAUACAGUGUUUUCUAUUUCUUCAUGGGCAGUCUUCUUUCAUGCUAACAGAGAAGAUUUUUCAAAGACUUAUUUCCCAGAACAGUAACGGGAAAGCUAAUUUACUUUGUGCAGAAGCUCCUGAGAGAGAUUUUAGUAACUAAUUUGGAACGAGAAUGAUUACAUACUUCCAUCUUUCUUUUGCCUUUGAGAGGACUGUUGUUUUCUGUAUGACGUUUAAUGUUUAUUUUAAUCAGUCUUGUAUAAUCCUUUCCGUGUGUGUUCUUGAUCUGACAACAUUGAAAUGAGUUAUUUUGCUUUUUGAAGCGUUACUUACCAUGGCAAAUAGAUUAUGAAACAGACAAGAUGUACAGUAAGAGAUGCAUCUAAUGAUUUAGCAAGAAAGUGCACAUCUCCCCUAAGUAGCAUUUUAAUGUCUGUCUUGCAUUUGAUGUUUAAAAGUGACUUUUAAGAUGAAACACUAAGAUUUCCUCAAUAUAUUGUUAAGUUUUUGAAGGUCUUUUUGUUGUUUUAAGUGGAGUCUAAAUGCUGUACUCUGUAUUCGGUUUGAUGUCAGUGUUAUUAAGUUGACAUUACAUGUCUGAAAUACCAUUACACACAAAACCUAGGCUGUUCAGGCCUCUAUUUUUGCCACAACAUUUAUUUUAGCAGUUUUCACUUUUACAAGACGAAAUGCAAAUAAAAAACUAUACUUACGAAGUAAUUUCACUGAGAGCACAUGUACAGCACAACCCACUCAGUACUAGGCCUGUGCAGCUGAGCCUGAGGGAGAGGGAAAGCACAGCAAAUCUGCUCAAAAACAAGCAAAAGACUUGCUAACAGAGCAGGAGUUAGUCUUACAGCAGACUCCCAAAGACAUUUGGAGCUAGCACACAAAAGACAUCUGGAGCAGCCAAGAACAACAUCCCUUCUAUCAUGAAAAGACAGUAAAAGAAGAAUUAUUCUUAUUAUGAGUUCUGUCUUUUCUUUGAUAUGCAACAAAAUGCUACUGUUCACAAAAAAAUUCAGAGGUUUAAAAAUACAUUUAUUGUGCAUGUGCGAUUGGUCUUGAACCGCUAUGUAAUACAAGCAGAAAGCAGGGCCUAAAAUUACAAACUUGAAUUGCAACUUUGUUGUUGGUAAACCCUUUGAAAGACUAAUCAAUAGGGUAAUAUUUGAAGCAGGUUAAAAAAAAGCUAAAAUAAAUGUCCUUAGUCUACAAAAUGUAUAACUGCUUAAGUUUUAGACCACUAAAAUGGGGUUUUACAGUAAUUGUAUUUUAUUGGUUAUAAAAGUUUAUUAAAUGCAAUAGAACAUACUGUAAUUUGCAACUUCCUUUUGAAGUUCUGAUAGUUUUGUGUGAUAGAUAUACUGUAUAUUUUCCAUAAAAGAUUUUAAGAUAUACAGUAUGAACAAUAUAUACAUUUUAUAUGCAUACAGUAUAUAUAGAUAGUAUAGCCUAUUGAGAUCCUAUUUUGUUAGCAUGUCACUACAUUUCUAUUGCUAAAGUUGAAUUAAAAGGGAAGUUUUUACCUUGGUUUUAAUGCUUGAAAAUGUAUAAAUGGUCACAAACAUAUGUCGCUCCAGCCAGGGCAAUCAAAAUGUCUGUGUGCAUAGUGUAAUGUAUGUCUGUUUAUACAGUAGAUAAAUAUUCAUUAUGUCAAACAUAUCAUUGCCCACAACACGAAAUGUUUGUAACAUUUGUUUUCUUGCUCUUUUGAACUAAGUACAAAACAUUUUUUGAGAAACAAAGUUUUUUCUCAGUCUAUAAUGGUGCUUUUAAGAUGUGUAUAUAAAAUACAAAGAAUGAGUUAGAGGAGUCUCAGGUACUGUGGCAUGAACUGAAAGAGAAAUCUUCCUUUUUUCUAAAGGUCAGACCUUUUCUAUUAUUUUUAAGGACCCUUUUACUUUUUUUUUUCUAAUGGCAGUUGUAAAACUGAUUUCCUUCUUUUUUAUGAGCACUUUUUUACAGCUAAAGCUUUGUAAUGGUUUCUGUUUCUUUUAUGAAGGUUUUUUUACUUGCCUUUAUAUGCCCACUAUGUAUGAUACUAAAGCUAACUCAUUUUCUUACCCAACCAAUACUGUCAACUCUACGAUCUAAAUCUUUGCACUUAUUUUUGGUGUUUGCUUGUUAUCCUUGGAGGGUAUUUUGGGCAACUUGAUUUGUCAUGUUAUUCCUUACUGUGUACUGUACUGAUCCUGAUCUGUUUCCCACCUCCUCUGUUCACAAAACCUUAAAUGUUCUAGAAUGGCACUAGAGAACUUCGUGAAGUUUGUCAUUCCAAAGUUUUAGCAAAGAAAAAAACACUGUUUUCCUUUUUAGAAUGCUACCAUUGAAUUGAAUAUAUAAAUUGAUCAACAAAAUUACAUCCAGGAUGUAGACCAGACCCAAAAUUUUAUGGAGUGAUCACAAGUGAUUAAUUCUAGCCAUCCUAUAGUAUCCUAUAGUUGUACAAAGAAUAAGCACCCACUGGAGAAAUGGUGUAUUUCUCACGUAGAAGAAUGUAUGAUUACAACCACCCAGUCAGUCCCAGGUGCUGCUGUUGUGAUCAAAUUGAGAAUUACUGGACCCCACGCCCACCCAAACCCUGACUGCCUUUGACCUCUGGUUCCUGCACAAGUGACAUCAUCUGAAGGGGUGGGGCUCAGCAGUCUAUUUGAAUUUAAGCCUAAUUCUCAUUGCUGAUUCAAAUUGCAUCAUUAAAGUGCUUGGGACUUUCUAGAUCCUUAGUUAAAUUUGUUCUUUUACUUGUGCAGUUUAUUUUACUGUACAUUUUAAUAAGGUGAAUUAAAAGUGCAAUACAAAAUAAACUUGAAGGACGGUACAGGGCAUUUGUAGUGAAUUGUACACAAUAAUACAUAUUGUCAUCGUCUAAAUAACAUUAUCUUUACUAAAAAAAAUAUUAUUUUUCAAAGGAUCUUAUUAAAAAAUAUAGUCCUUGUAAAAAUAGCAUUAUUGCAUUCUUGUAUGCUAAAUACACUAAAACUCUUUCCCUUGGGCUUUUGUUUUUUGUAGCCAUAUAAAGUGUACUUUGUUACAAUGUACAGUACACUGGCUGCAGUGAUGUGAUAACUGUGAUUUUGUAUUUGGCUCGUAGAUGAAAAAAAACAAUCCAACAGGUGCCUAUUUUUUUUAAUUUUAUGAUGUUAGUACUAUCAUGAAAAGAGAUGAUGUGUCCUAAAUUAAUAUUUUUCUUUGAUGAGACACAGGCUAGGGAACACUACACUCCAAAUAUCUUCCAUUCCAAAGUCUGAACGAAUGAAGCCACAGUAAAAAUUCAACUAAUGUCCAUUUUAGCUCAGGCCCUGGCUGUCCCUCAGAUUAAUGUUUUUAUAUCUUAAGUGUUUAAGUAGUUCUUGAUUUUUACUAUGUAAUAUAUCAGUUUGUAUUGUAAAUGUUCCAAUUGAUUGUUGAUGUAAUAUAAACAUUUUGUGUGAAAAGA